GUCAUGGUGGAUCAAUUGGAUAUAAUUCGAAUGCAAUACCACUUAGAGGAAGAGCUGCAUUGGAAGUGCAGCUGAUUGAUAAUUCUGGAGAUCUAAAGCCAAGCAGAUUUUUAAGUUUAUUACAAAUUGACUUAUGGAUUAAGC